GUGCGAGCUGUCGAACAUGGCGGAAGUGAAAGAUCCGUCGCCUGUCAUGAGAGAAAAACCGCUGGAUACAUCCAACAGGGAUGCCAUUGCGGAGGGAAUUGUAGGCCUGUUAAAGCCUUGUGUGCUGGAGAUAGAUGAACGGGUGAAAUGUGUCAGAGAAAGUCAAGUGGACCUGAGGCAGCAGAUUGACAGCUUGGCAGAUGACUUGAAAAGGAUCUCUGACAGCCAGCAGGUGCCUGCAGAUUUAGAUCCCUAUGUGAAAAAGCUGAGCAAUGCUCGCCGAAGAGUCAUGCUUGUGAACAACAUACUACAGAAUGUGCAGGACCGACUGGGCAAACUUCAUUACAAUGUAUCAAAGGAGACUGCUCGCCGUAAAGCUCUUCUAGAUCCCCCAUCUCCUGGGCCUCCAAAAUAAACAAGAGGACCAAGGGAGAGAACUCUGUAUAUACAGCUUUUGUCCUAAAGACCUCGCCUGCACAGGUGCUCCAAUCUACCCACAGCCUCAUCUGGUCUCGACACAUAAUUUAUGACAGGCAACUAAUGUCCACCAGUGCAAAUCUUAGUGUGUAGGCAAGAAUGUGUUUGGAAGUUCCACACGAUCAAAUUCUGAACAGUUCAUUGGUUAAUGUCACUUUCAUUCUCUUUUGUGAUUGGUCUCAAUUGCCAUGGAGCUGCUGUCAAAGCAAGUAGGGAACAUAACCAAUAGGAUCAUCUCUAAUUUGAAAACGUGAGAUGUUCGGUCGCAGUGCUGCUUAUGCAGAAGUGGAAUCGCAUGCUAGAACAGAAAUGCUAGAGUAAAAUUGACAAAAUCUGUCAUGAAUUGUGACAGAAGGAUUUAUCAGUUUUUGACAGCAGAGACCAUGGAUGAACAUUCACUCCUUGUCAUGUAGUAUGUGCUGAGAGAUCAGAUUGAACCACAGGUAAAUGAGAGCCACCCUGAUCUGGAAUGACCAAGGAAUGACCAAGGGAGAUAACUCUGUACAUACAUGCUAUAAAUCAAAACCCAUGCAGUGUGUUAAAUAUGUACUGUAUGCCAUUCCAGUUGUUAAGAAAAAUAUUAAAGAUGUGACUCCA